AUGAUUAAAGAUAACAACGAAACUGUUCCACUAAUGGGCAAGAAAACAAAUCCAUCUGGAACUCCCCCUUCAAACCAGCAAGAGAAAAAGGUGACUGAAAGCACUCCCACAAAGAAAAGUUCCCACUUCUUCCUGGAGAUUGAUGGCUUUGAAAGCAAUGCCACUCCAAAUAACACAUCUCCCCCUGUGUUUUCAAAACCAAUGGAUUCAAAUAUUCGUCCCUGUGCUUCUGGAAAUGGGGAAGACAUGGAUUCCCCACAGUCUCUUCAGGAUGAUGCCACUGAGUACAGCCCUAAUGUAGAGAGUUGCUGUGCUAACAUCUCCCAAGGAGCUGAGCAGACCAGUGCCAGGAAGAAGCUGAAGCGAUUCCUGUUCCGGGCGGUGUCUGAGGGGAACGUGGAGGAGCUGCAGUGUCUCCUCGGGGAGCUGAAGGAGAGAUCCAGAGCCUGCACAAACAUGACUGGGCCAGAUUAUCUGAUGAAAAAAUUCACAGCUUCAGACACCGGCAAAACUUGUCUGAUGAAAGCUCUGCUGAACAUCAACCAGAACACCAACGAGAUAGUGAAUAUGCUGCUGUCCUUUGCAGAGGAAAAUGGUAUUUUGGAGAGAUUUAUCAAUGCAGCUUACACAGAAGAGGCAUAUAAAGGCCAGACAGCUCUAAAUAUUGCCAUUGAGAGGAGACAGUACGAAAUAACCCAGAGCCUCAUCGAGAAAGGAGCUGAUGUCAAUGCUCAUGCCCAGGGUAUCUUCUUUAAUCCCAAGCAUAAGCAUGAAGGCUUUUAUUUUGGUGAAACUGCACUGGCAUUAGCUGCCUGUACCAACCAACCAGACAUAAUUCAACUGUUAAUGGACGAUGCCAGGACUAAUAUUUCUUCUCAGGAUUCCCGAGGAAACAACAUCCUCCAUGCAUUAGUUACUGUGGCAGAGGACUCCAAAACCCAGAAUGACUUUGUAAUCAGAAUGUAUGACAUGAUACUGCUGAAAAGUAAGGACAGAAAUUUGGAAACAACAAAAAAUAAGGAGGGUUUGACACCACUGCAAUUAGCUGCAAAAACUGGGAAAUUAGAGAUUCUGAAAUACAUCCUGAGCAGAGAGAUCAGAGAGAAGCCCAACAGGAGCCUGUCAAGAAAAUUCACAGACUGGGCUUAUGGUCCUGUUCAGUCUUCUCUGUAUGACCUGACAGAGCUGGACACCACUGCAGACAACUCAGUGCUGGAAAUCAUUGUCUAUAACACAAACAUUGGUAAUCGCCAUGAAAUGCUGACUCUGGAGCCCCUGAACUCCCUGCUGCGAAUGAAGUGGAAGAAGUUUGCUCGACACAUGUUUUUCAUGUCCUGCUGCUUUUAUUUCCUCUACAAUGUCACUUUAACAUUAGUUUCCUACCACAGGCCUCAUGAAAAUAAAGCUCCACCUUAUCCCCUGGCUCUGACACGGGGAGUGGGAUGGCUGCAGCUGUCAGGACAGGUGAUGGUUAUGUUGGGAGCAAUAUUUUUAGCCAUUAAAGAGAGUGUAGCCAUCUUUCUGCUCAGGCCCUCAGACCUGCAGUCAAUUCUCUCUGAUGCCUGGUUCCACUUUGCAUUUUUUAUACAAGCUUUGCUUGUGAUCUUCUCUGUCUUUUUGUACUUGUUUUCCUACAAAGAACACCUGGUGUGUCUUGUUUUGGCAAUGGCCCUUGGAUGGGCCAAUAUGCUCUAUUUCACCAGAGGCUUCCAGUCCAUGGGCAUUUACAGUGUGAUGAUUCAAAAGGUCAUCCUGCAAGAUGUGAUAAAAUUUUUAGUCGUCUACAUCGUGUUCUUGCUGGGAUUUGGUGUAGCUCUCGCUGCCUUGAUCGAGACGUGCCACGAGGGCGGUGAAUGCCACUCCAACAGCAGCCUGGGACCUGUGCUGAUGGAUCUCUUCAAGCUCACCCUGGGCCUGGGGGAUCUGGAGAUCCAGCAGAACUCCAAGUAUCCUGUCCUGUUUCUUCUGCUGCUCAUAACUUUCGUUGUGCUGACUUUUGUUCUCCUGUUGAACAUGCUGAUUGCGCUGAUGGGAGAGACGGUGGAGGACAUUUCCAAAGAGAGUGAGCACAUCUGGAAACUCCAGAGAGCCAGAACUAUUUUGGAAUUUGAAAAAUUCUUGCCAAAAUGUUUGAGGAAAAAAUUCCAACUGGGAGAGAGAUGUAAAGUGGCUGAGAACGACACCAGGGUGUGUUUAAGGAUUAAUGAAGUGAAAUGGACCGAGUGGAAAACACACGUUUCAUUUAUUAAUGAAGACCCAGGGCCAACAGAUCCAAGCAAAAUUCAAGAUGAUAAUUCAAGAACUAAUAGCAAAAACACCCUGAAUACGUUUGAAGAAAUGGAUGAUUUGCCUGAGACUUCCGUUUAG